GUGUUCUCCAUUGUGGUGUUUGGCUCCAUUGUCAAUGAAGGGUACGUGAACCGCCCGGGUGAGACACAAGAGCACUGCAUUUUCAACCGCAAUCGCAAUGCCUGCAACUAUGGCAUUACCGUGGGUGUCCUCGCCUUCCUCAGCUGCCUUCUGUACCUGGCUCUGGAUGCCUACUUCCCGCAGAUCAGCAGCGUCAAGGACCGCAAAAAGGCAGUGCUCUCGGACAUUGGAGUCUCGGCCUUUUGGGCAUUCCUCUGGUUCGUUGGCUUCUGCUUUCUGACCAACCAGUGGCAAGCUUCAAAAGAAGAGGACAACCCAAUGAAUGAGGGAGGGGAUGCAGCCCGAGCAGCCAUCACGUUCUCGUUCUUCUCCAUCUUCACCUGGGGCUUCCUCGUGUUUCUGGCUUUCCGGAGACUCAGAGACAUUACUUUUCAGGAAGAAUACAACACCCUGUUCCCUAACUCCCCAUCCUUGCUGCCUUAUGCCUGGGGCAGGAGGCAGCAGUACGCUUGCGAGCUGUCCCCUGGUCUGGGAAGCAACCUCCUUGCCUCCUGCUGCUCCUUCCCAAGGACGUACCAGCAGCCCCCUCCAGCAGAUGCUUUUGACACCGAGACACAGGGGUACCAAACGCAGAACUACUGA